AUGGGUCUCUUCAAUAAGCGCAACACGACGCCUGUUGUAGCUGAUACUACUACAGCCACUGGAACUCAUUCCCAUGAGAAGAAGCAGAGUCUUUCUGGAAAGCAAGGGCCCGGCCAUGUUUCCACUGGUGCCUCUACCUACAACAGCAGGCCCUCGUUUGGACAAUGGCUCAAGGCCACCGCCCUCGACAUCAUCACCAUGGCCGCCAUGGGUGCCGUCGGUCUUGGUGUCUACAUGGCUGAUCCAGCACCGAGCCGUAGUUUCCCUGUCAUCUUUCAAGACGGCGAGAUCGUCUAUCCAGAGUUUGCAUACCCUCUUCGCACCGAAAUCAUUCCCAUCUGGGCUGCUGCUCUCAUGGCCUUUUUCAUCCCCUUUGCCGUUUUCCUGAUCGUGCAGAUUCGCGCCCGCAGCUUUUGGGAUGUUAACAAUGCUACCAUCGGCCUUUUGUACGCGCUCAUCGCUGCAGCCGUCUUCCAGGUCUUCAUCAAAUGGCUCAUUGGUGGUCUCCGCCCCCACUUCCUGGCUGUCUGUAAGCCUGUCAUUCCCUCCAGUAUGCUCAACCUCGUUGGCGGCAACGACAACGGUGUCGAAGAUGGUACUGCGUUCGGGGGCAAUGUCGCCAACGGCUACAGGCAGAUCAUGUUUGACCGUAGCAUCUGUACAGGUGACCGCAAGGAGAUCAACGAUUCACUCGAGUCAAUGCCAUCUGGUCACACUACUGCUGCGUUCGCUGGUUUCGUCUUCUUGUACCUCUACCUCAACGCCAAGUUGAAGGUCUUUGCCAACUACCAUCCUGCCAUGUGGAAGCUCAUUGCCAUUUAUGCUCCUCUCCUUGGGGCGUGCUUGAUCGGAGGUGCCCUCACCAUUGACAAUUACCACAACUGGUACGACAUCUUGGCCGGAGCCGUCAUCGGAACCAUCAUGGCAUUCUCCUCCUACCGCAUGGUCUACGCCUCAGUCUGGGACUUUCGCAUUAAUCAUAUUCCUCUGCUCCGCCACGCACCUUUUGUCUAUGGCUCAGGUCCCAGUUCCUUUGAUAGCUUCCACGAUGCUAUCUUCACUCGCAAGGCGGGCUGGGGGGGCCAGGAGGAUGGCUAUGCAACGGGGUCUGCGGGUGUACAUGCUUUUGAUCAAGGUCAUGGUCAUGGCAAUGGUCAUGGCCAUGGAGACCCUGCUGUCGGUAGUUCGGGAAGUCGUGUGCAGAGAAAGCCGAUUGGUGCGGGGCGACCUACUGGAGGGAGACAUGGCGAGCAGUAUGGUGAGCAAAUGGUUUAA